AUGUCGUGUCGAAGGAUAGGCCCGCACGUGUCGAAGGGACAACCUGGAGAUAACCUGCCGUCGGGCGAGCAAGUAGAAGAUGCCCUCGACUACCUUCUGAACGGUGUAUACCACCGCAGCUCCGGGAACGCCGAGGACCCCAUCGAGUUGGAAGACGGCGACGACGAUGUUGCGGACGGCGGGGGAGCGGCGGGCUUGCGGGACAACGGUGGUAACGAUGGGGAAUUGCCACCGGGGCAGCUCGAGGACGGCGGCGGGCCGGAGGAAAGCGAAGGUGGUGCACCGGGGGUGGUGGGGAUCAAGGAGGAGCCAGCCGUCGGCAACUAG